AUGUGGUGUCGAAACGUUGCUCUACUCUUCUGUCUCCUCAAUGGAGUGUUGUCGAUCGGAGAGAAUGCUAUGGAUUUCCAAGCCAUUACCGGAAUCAUUGGAGGAAUCGGGAAAAUGCUCGAGAGCAAAAUUGACACAAUCAAUGUUCCAGCCGAGAUGAUCAUGGGAAAAUGGUUCCAGAUGUACAAGGCUGCUAUGAACUUUGAUGUUGUCCGCACAACCAUGUUCUGUCCGGUUGCUUACUUCUCUCCUAAUCCGAUAAUGGGUGAAGAAGGAUUCUCGAUGCAAGAAGCUUACAGAGUGGUCUCCAAGACUGGUCCAAUUGAGACUUACAAGAGAGAUAUGAACAAAGUUGGACCAGGACAAUACUGGAUGUACACUGAGGAAUACUUCUACCCAAGACAAUUCUACGUCAUCGGAGCCGGACCAUCAUUCGAUAACAGCAGCAGAAACUCCACUGAGCCAAUGCAGUACUUGAUCGCUUCAGACGCUAACCGCCUUUCUCUUAUGGUGUAUGCUAGAGAUCCUCUCGUGUUUUUCCAGAAGUACAACAAAGAGGUCGUUGAGUUCAUGAAUGGACAUGGAUUUGGUGGAAACGUUUUCUGGAACAGCCCAAAGCCAAUCUACCAAGGACCAGACUGCGAAUGGCCAUCUGAGAAGGAAGUCUUUGCUAGAAGAGUCCUCAAGAACCAAGAGAUGAAUGAGCGAAACAAGAAUGGAACAUCCGACCCAAUCCUCUCCGGAAUGCCACUGGCCGAUAUGAUUCGCGACCCAAAGCGUACUUUGGAAAGACUAGUAGGAACGAAAGCAUUGCAACAAGCAUCUGCCGGAAUUACCGCCGGUCCACCAGCCAGCCGUAGCGAGUGA